AGUUAACCCCACUAAGGUAGGAGGUAGCUAAGACAACUUGCAGAUGCCGUCUGCAGCAAUUUAUACCUAUUCCUACCAUCAUCAACCCCACCACGCCUUCUACCCAGCAGCUUCGCGACAAGUCUACAUGGAUCGAUAGCUACACCAUGUCGAAGCAAUACCUAACGACACAUACUAUCGACAAUGCACACAUAACCGACAUCUUCUCUCUUGCAGCCACGCCCACAGCACUCCUUUCCGCCAGCGGUUCUUCAACUUUACAUAUACAUGCCACUUCACAACCCUCCAUCCCUCUUGUCCAGUCUCUAGCCGGCGCGCAUAAGCUCGGCUGCCACCAUAUUGCCGUCUCCCGCAAUGGUAAGGUCGCAGCAUCGGCUGGUUUUGGUGGAGAAGUAAAAAUAUGGAAGUUGGCCGAAUCAGGUACAACCGAGUGGCAACCCUUUGGAGAGCUAGAUCCUACGAAAGGCUCAGGAAAGAGUGCUGGGGAGGUAUGGGCCAUUGCCCUUAGUGAAGACGGCCAGUACCUGGCUUCUACUACCUACGAUGGACGAGUCAAUGUAUGGGACCUUCUUGGAGACAGGUCCGAGAAAUUGCGCGAGUACGAGACUGGUAAUCCAGGCUCUGGCUCUUUUGGGCUUUGUGUAGACCUGAGUCGCGAUGGGAAAUACACAGCAAGCGGUCACCAAAGUGGUGCCGUCUACGUAUUUAACAACAACACGGGCCGACUACAAUACUCACUUCCAGGUCUGGUCAAGCCAAUCAGAACAGUAGCCUUCUCGCCAGCUAGCACACGUCUAGCUGCUGCCGGUGACGCAGGUAUCAUCGCCACUUAUGAUACAAAGCAUGGCGAGCAUGUAGGCAACCUAAAGGGCCAUACGGCUUGGAUCACCUCUAUCGACUGGAAUGACACGGGCGAGUACUUACUCAGUGGUGCUUUCGACGGCAAAGUAAAAGUUUGGUCUAUCGACAAAGGUGCCUGUGUCGCAACUCACAGCGAGACAGACAAGGCGCUCUGGGCUGUCAAGUGGUUGCCCAAGACAGGACGAAACGAGAUGUUUUGCACGGCUGGUGCAAAUAGGAGCCUAACUUUCUACCGCGAAGCUACAGGCGCAUAAACUGUUUGGCUGAGGAUUUAACAAGAUAUUUGCCCAUCGGCGUUCAGGGAAAGGAAAAGACAAAGGGGUCUCGGUAUAUGCAACAGGACAUUGCGAUGUAUAUGUGCUUAACCAAACCUAGCCACAUCAUGUAACCAAAUGAAGAUCCGGACGAAGAACCGAACCCAUGCUGCAGUAACCAGAGAUAUGUAUGUUCUUCGCACUACGCACCCUAAGCCCCCAUACAGGUACCUAUCUAGGUUAAGCCUAAUCCCUUCCAGUGAGCCUAAUCUAGUAAAUUUUAUUAUUCGGCCGCAGUUGAGAAAUUAGUACUACAAAGGAGAAUUCAGGCAUGGAUAUGUUUUCAAAUAGAAGAUCAGACGUG